CCAUUUAACAACAAAAGCUCAGCUAAACAAAACAAUCAGUUAACCGUGGAAUUUUUUACAAUUUAUUGAAAAUUAAGACAAAGAAUAAGUGACUAAUAUGAGAAAAGGUGGGAACAGCUGAUGCCUGAUAACACAGGUGGGGUAAACUGUGCGGAUAAGGGAUACAAAAUAUCCACCCCCGAGUGGGAAAAAAUCCGAAUUUAUGCUCAGUUGCAAUUUGCAUGCGCUGCCGUGGAGACGAGCUGCUCUCCGCCGAUUAAAAAAAAAAACUAAAAGAACCAGCAGCAAGCAAAAACAAAUGUUGGAAUAUAUUCCACUCUACUAGCCGCGCCCCCUCGCUACUAGCACCGCCCCUCUCCCCGUAAAAGCCGUGAUGUCUUGGACAACGUUGUGAAAUAGUAACACUCACCCAUCAACAUCGACAUUCGUCAUCGGAGCUGGAACCGUGGAAAUCCCCCGUUAGGAUGGCUCUCGCCAGUGCCGCCGCCGCCCUUUUGAAGGGAUCUCAGACGCCACUGCAGCAGCUCCUGGAGGACAUCAACUUUCAGAGGACCAAGGAGAUGCGCCAGCUGCUCAAGGAUGAUGGCGGCUUCGUGGUGCUCCAGGGCACCACCUACUGGACGGACCUGUUCGUGCGGCACUUCCUCUUCCAGACGGAGCCCGUGCACAGCAUCGACUCGGACGAUUUGCUCUUCUUUGUGCGCAAGAAGCACGUGAAGAGCUCGUCGCGCCACAUGCCAAAAUUUGAGACUGAAGUGGAGGUGUUCCGCAAGGACUCGCGCAAACUGCCCAUCGGCGAUCCCGAUGUGGACUGGGAGGAGACGGUCUAUCUGAACAUGGUCAUCCACCAGUUCGAUUAUACACUCACACUGGCCAUUUGCACCAGGACCUCGCCCAAGGAGCUGCAGGUGCUGAGGAGGCACUCGCAGCGGGUGUACGCCAGUCCCAGUCGAAGGAAGAUGGACACCAAGGGCGAGGGCGAGGAGAUCACGUAUCCGCACAUCUGCUUUAUGGUGGACAACUUCGACGAGGUGUUCAGCGACAUCCUGGUGCGCGACGGGGAGAUGGUGUGCGUGGAGCUGGUGGCCAAUGACAAGGAUGGAGCGGUUCAGGGCGUGAUCUUCCUGGGAUCCAUACGCUACGAUGCCUUAAAGAAGGUCUACGAUGCCAGGCAAUCCAGUCUGAGUUCCAAGGUGGCGCAGCGCAUGUCCUUUGGCCUAUUCAGCAGUGGAGCUGGCGUCCAAACGCGCUGUGAAUUUGUCCGGAUGAAGGGACCGCAGGGAAAGGGUCAUGCCGAGAUGGCGGUGACUAAGCCAAAGGGAUCUGGCGUGGAGACGCCCACCAGCGAGCCGGGAUUCUGCGCCACCGACAUGUGGGACGAGUGGGAGGAGGAGAACGACGACUACUGCACGUACCGCCAUCAGCGACGCCUCAGCGAUCCGAGCGCCAAUCUGAACAACUUCUCCCGCUACGGUUGGCGCACCAAGACCAACUCGAAUAACCAGGACAUGGUGGGCAGUGGCACCAGCCCCAAUGUGGGAGCCAAGGCGCGAUCGGAGAACGAGGGACUGGACUCGCUGGCCAGCGAGGUGUCCGAGAUCGAGGCUGGAGAUCUGCGCGAUGAUCAGCAACGUCCUGCUUUCUCGGCCUCCACGGCAAAACUGCACCCAAAUCCGCAUUGCGAGAGCCACCAGCUCGCCGCUGGUGAUCAAGAAAAGUUGCCCCAAGAAUCCACUUCCACUGCUCCAUCGGCUGCGGCUGCAGCUGCUGUUCCGGCCGUGACUCCGCCUCCUUUGAGUGCCGCCGCGGAGGUCAAAGUGCCCGGCGACAACAACGGAGCUGGUCAGACCACGGGCUGCAACUGUUUUGGCGGCAAGAAGGGCAAGAAGCGCUGGCCGUCGGCCAAGAACACAGACACCCCGGAAAUGUCCGAGGUCUACUGCCCCAGCUGCGAGGAUCCGUCCAACGAGUCGCCCGCCUGUCUGGCCAAGAUGCCCGACAAGCGGCCCACCCGUCUCAAGCCCAAGACCAGCAUCCUCAGUGUGGAGAGCGAGCUGCUGGUGGGCAAAAGGAGCAGUUUCCGGCUGCCGUCGGAGGGCAAACGAAAGCAGCAGGGUGCCAGCAUCACCAGGAGCGCCUCCCUCAGUGCCGCUGAUCGCAGGACCAGUCUGCCGGUGGCCACCAGGAAGAUCAUACCCCCAAGACUGCGCACGUCCAGAGUCAAGGAUCAGGAGAAGGACAAGGACAAAGAUAAGGAUAAGGAUAAGGACAAGAACAAGGAGAACGACAAGAAGUCUUCGAAUCAGAAGGUCAACGGUUCGGCGACCAACUUUCUGGCCAAGAUGUCGCCCAAGCGGCGCAGAGGCGUAGCCGGCAAGGAUAAGGAAAAGGACAAAGAGGGCGACAAGGAUAAGGACAAGGGCAAAACCAAAUCGAGUGCUGCUAUCAAACACAAAGCCGUCAAUAAUAACAAUCCCAGGCCGGACAUGACCUCAAAAACUGAGGAGUACGAGAUUGCCGAUGAUGCUACCUCCCUGAAUGGUAGUGAGUCGGAAGGAGGCGUUGGAGCUGGAGCCGCCAAGAUGGCCAUCCUUAGUGAGAGCGACAGCAAGCUGAUGAUCAGUGUUCGGGGACGUGAGGAGCUGCCGGUGGUGGAGUCCCCCAAGAAUUCGCCACCCGCGAAACUCUUCGAGAAAUGUGUCCGCGUGUCGGUGGAGACGGAGAAGCAUCCGCUGCAGCCGAACGAGAACAAUGAGAACGGGGAGGAGAGUGAUGUAACCAAGGUGAUUUCGCCAACGGAACUGACGCCCAUGCUCGAUGUGGCCAAUGGCAACCAGGAGGAGGCGGAGGUGGAGACCACCAGUGCCACUCUGCCGAGGACAGCCAAGCAGGCGCAUGUCAGCAAGAUGCUGCAUCUGGUGCCCAAGCGCCGAACUCCAGAUGGCACCAACAUCUACUACUGGUGCGAUGUGCCCAAGAAGGCACUUAAAGAACUCGACGACGGCGCCUACAAUCCCCUGUGGACCAGUCGAGGCUUCACGCAAUCCUUUCACUUCUGGAAGGAGAACAGAAGACAGCAGUCCACGCCGCUCAAUGCAUUCCUCACCUAUGUGACACUGCCCUGGUGGAGCAUUGCAAAGGACCUAUUGGAUCACCGGGAAACGCCAAUUCUGACCUUUUAGUAUUAACUUAAUUUGCGAUUGUGAUUUAUAUGCCACUAUGCUUAAUAGUUCUCACAUUUAAUCCCCUAAAUCAACCCGAUCGAAUGCCAACCGUGUGAUCAGUCUCAGUUUGAUCUAUCAGUAUAUAAUUGCUUUGUUCUCGACCAACGUUGAGUUUCCUAAAGCGCAUCCUCACGGAUCAAACUAUGGUACUUGGUGAGCGCAGAGCCAACCUACAAAUUUAUAAACUAAACUAAACGAACUACGAUAGUGAACACUGUUACCGAUGAUAUGGAAAUAUAUAAUUGUAAUAUUAUUUGUAAAUUGUACGGCAACAUUUAUACCACGAAAUAUAUACCAAAUAGAAAACAA